UAUAACCACAACGCUACAAUCUCUUCUUGAACCUAAAGAAAACAAGAAGAAAGAAAAAAUUCAUAUAAAUUCUCUUAUAUUUUUUCACCUUUAUAUUGAAUGGAUGCAACGAAGAUUAAGUUUGACGUUAUAUUACUCUCCUUCUUACUAAUUAUCUCCGGAAUUCCUUCGAAUCUUGGGUUGAGUACAAGUGUGAGAGGCACUACUAGAUCGGAGCCGGAAGCCUUUCACGGCGGUAAAUUCCCGGCAAUGAAGAUGAGGAAGUUGAUGGCACCAAACAUGGAAGUUGAUUAUUCGAGUGACUAUUAUGAUGGAGGAUCAUCAUCAUCAACAACAUCACCAUCACCUCCAGUGCCUGAUUAUGAUGAUAUUUAUAGAAGGCAAGGUGAUGUCCCAAGCCCUGGUAUUGGCCACUGAUCCAUACAUGUCAUGCGUAUAUACACACACAUAUAGACAUUUUGUGUUAAAUAUAUUUAUACAUACAUGUUGUUUAUAAUGUUUUUGUCCUUGGAGGUCGUCUCCGUAUGAUCAGUUUUAUUUUGCUCUUUUCCUUCAUUUUUUUAUAUUUUGAUCUUAUUUCAUUUUGUCUUUUUAGUUCAUAAAAUAUAAUUGUGCCCUUCCUCUUGAAUUGUCUCAUUUCCUCGUGUUGAUGGGAGUUCAUGUAUUCAUGUAUGUAAUACAACUCAUAAUAAAAAAACUGUAUUUGUCAGUUGUAAAACUCUUUUUUUUUGUUAUUAAAAUGGAAUAUUUUUCUAUAACACUAAAAGAGAGUAAUUUACC